AUGGCUAGCAAAACUCUGCCCAAGAUAAUAUAUGGCACCGCAUGGAAAAAGGAAAGAACGACGGCUCUGGUUAUCGCAGCUGUCUUGAAUGGCUUUCGAGCUAUUGACACAGGCACACAGCUUUCCAGUGAGGCGUUAGUGGGCGAAGCGCUGGAUCUCCUCGCAAAGCAACACGGCAUCGUUCGAGACAGCCUAUGGCUACAGACCAAGUUUACGCCCUUGGGUGGACAGGACCGCACGAAGCCUCUUCCGUACGACCCAAAGCUUCCCAUCCCAGAGCGAAUCGCGCAGUCUCUCGCCACAUCCCUGUCCAAUCUGCGCACCACGUACCUGGACUCUUACCUUCUCCAUUCUCCGCUUGGGAACCUGAAGGACACAGUGGAAGCAUGGCGCACCCUCAUCAAGUUUAAGAGCGACGGGACGGUGAAGAACAUCGGGAUCAGCAACAUUUACGACCUGGAAAUGUUGCAGGCCAUAGAAGAUGCGACCGGCGUACGAGUGGACGUAGUGCAGAAUCGCUGGUUCGAGGGCAACAUGUGGGACCGCGACGUCUGCAAGUGGUGCAGAGAGAACGGCGUGAUGUACCAAUCGUUCUGGACGCUCACCGGCUCUCCUACCACCCUGCUGGGUAACCCGGCUUUGCUAUCGCUUGCGGACCGACUCUCAGCGACAUCGGCACAAGCCGUUUUCAGGAUUGCCCAACUAAGUGGCAUCACCCCGCUGUCAGGAACCACGGACGACACGCACAUGAGGGACGACGUGGCGGCGGAGAAACUGGAGAUGGACGAUGCUGUGAAAUCCGACGAGUACUCCGAGAUUUCAGAGAUGCUGUUCUCCUCGUAA